AACACAAAGCCGCAAACAUGACAUGGUUAUUUCGUAUACUGAUUUGUUAUUCCUUUGUUAGCUGUUACGUCCUGGUUUCAGAAGCAUUGGUUUCGUCAACAGCAUGUACAAGUAUUGCAAACUGUACUACUCACGACAACGCAAUAUGUUCAAACAGUACCGGCAACUGCAGUUGCCCAAACGGCUAUUCUGAAGUUGGUGACCAUUGUAUAGCUUCUUCAGCAACAAGUACUACAACAGCUGCUCCAACUACAAGCAAUACAACGGCAGCUCCUACAACAAGCACUACAACAGCAUCUCCUACCACAAGUACCACAACAGCUACUCCAACUACAAGCACUACUACAGCUGCUCCUACUACAAGUACUACAACGGCAGCUUCAACCACAAGUACUACAACAGCUGCUCUUACUACAAGUACCACAACAGCUCCUCCAACUACAAGCACUACAACAGCUGCUCCUACCACAAGUACCACAACAGCUGCUCCAACUACAAGCACUACAACAGCUGCUCCUACCACAAGUACCACAACAGGUGCGCCAACUACAAGCACUACAACGACUGCUCCUACUACUAGUACUACAACAGUUUCUCCAACUACAAGCACUACAACAGCUGCUCCUACCACAAGUACUACAACGGCAGCUCCAACCACAAGUACUACAACAGCUGCUCCUACUACAAGUACCACAACAGCUGCUCCAACUACAAGCACUACAACGGCAGCUCCAACCACAAGUACUACAACAGCUGCUCCUACCACAAGUACUACAACGGCAGCUCCAACAACAAGUACUACAACAGCUGCCCCUACCACAAGCACUACAACGGCCGCUCCAACCACAAGUACUACAACAGCUGCUCCUACUACAAGUACCACAACAGCUGCGCCAACCACAAGCACUACAACAGCUGCUCCUACCACAAGUACUACAACAGCUGCUCCAACUACAAGCACUACAACAGCUGCCCCUACUACAAGCACUACAAUAGCUGCUCCUACCACAAGUACAACAACAGCUCCUCCAACUACAAGCACUACAACGGCAGCUCCAACCACAAGUACUACAACAGCUGCUCCUACCACAAGUACUACAACGGCAGCUCCAACCACAAGUACUACAACAGCUGCUCCAACCACAAGCACUACAACGGCAGCUCCAACCACAAGUACUACAACAGCUGCCCCUACUACAAGUACAACAACAGCUGCUCCAACUACAAGCACUACAACGGCUGCUCCUACCAAUAGUACUACAGCAGCAGCACCAACCACCAGUACCACAACAGCUGCUCCAACCACAAGUACUACAACAGCUGCUCCAACUACAAGCACUACAACAGCUGCUCCUACCACAAGUACCACAACAGCUCCUCCAACUACAAGCACUACAACGGCUGCUCCUACCACUAGUACUACAACAGCUGCUCCAACUACAAGCACUACAACAGCUGCUCCUACCACAAGUACAACAACGGCAGCUCCAACCACGAGUACUACAACAGCUGCCCCUACUACAAGUACCACAACAGCUGCUCCUACUACAAGCACUACAAACGGCAGGUCCAACCACAAGUACACAAAACCUCCAACAACAAACACUACAACGCCCGCUCCUACCACAAGUACUAAAACGCAGCUCCAACCCACAAGUACAAAAAAACAGCUGCCCCUACUACAAUACCACAACACUGCCCUACCACAAGACUACAAACACUGCUCCAACUACAAGCACUACAACAGCUCUCCUAACACAAUACCACAACAAACCCUCAACUACAAGCACAACAACGCUCUCCCAAACACUAUACAAAAACAGCUGCCCAACUACAAAACACAAACAGCUGCCCUACCACAAGUACAACAACGGGAGCUCCAAACCCCGAUACUAAAACAGCUGCCCCUACCACAAGUACCACAACAGCUGCCCUACUACAAGCAUACAACGCAAUCCAAUCACAAUAAAAACAACAGCAGCUCCAACACAAGCACUAAACCAACUCCUACCCCAAAACUACAACGCAGCUCCAACCACAAGUACACAACAGCUGCCCCCUACUACAAGUACCACACAGCUGCUCCAACUACAACACCCACAACAGCUGCUCCUACCACAGUACACAAAACAGCUGCUUCAACUACAAGCACUACAACGCUGCCCUACCACUACACCAACCCAAUACUAAAAACAGCUGCCCCAACUACAACAAGUACCAACAACACUGCUCCAACUACAAAACACUACAACGGCAGCUCCAAAAACAAACGACGCAACAGCUGCUCCUACCACAAGUACCCACAACGGCAGCACCAACCACCAGUAGCACAACAGCUGCUCCAACUACAAGCACUACAACGCAGCUCCAACCCCAAUACUACAACAGCUGCUCCUACUACAAGACCACAAAAACUGCUCCCAACUACAAGCACUACAAACGGCAGCUCCAACCACAAAAUACUACAACGGGAGCUCCUACCACAAGUACCAACAACAGCUGCUCCUACCACAACUGCUCCUACUACAAGCACUACAACGGAAGCUCCAACAACAAGUACUACAACACCUGCUCCAACUACAAGCACUACAACGGCAGCACGAACUACAAGCACUUCAACAGCUGCUCCUACCACAAGUACUACAACAGCUGCUCCAACUACAACACUCAACAGCUGCCCCCUACCACAACUGCUCCAACCACAAGCACUACAACGGCAGCUCCAACCACAAGUACUACAACAGCUGCCCUACUACAAUACAACAACAGCUGCUCCAACUACAAGCAUUACAACGGCUGCUCCACCACCAGUACUACAACAGCAGCCCAAACCCCCAGUACCCAAAAGCUGCUCCAACCACAAGUACUACACAGCUGCUCCUACUACAAGUACUACAACAGCUGCCCUACCACAAGCACUACAACGGCAGCUCCAACCACAAGUACUACAACACUGCCCCUACUACAAUACAAGUACUACAACAGCAGCUCCAACCACAAGUACUACAACAGCUGCCCCUACUACAAGUACAACAACAGCUGCUCCAACUACAAGCACUACAACAGCUGCUCCUACCACAAGUACCACAACAGCUGCUCCAACUACAAGCACUACUACGGCUGCUCCUACCACUAGUACUACAACAGCAGCACCAACCACCAGUACCACAACAGCUGCUCCAACUACAAGCACUACAACGGCAGCCCGAACCACAAGCACUACAACAGCUGCUCCAACUACAAGCACUACAACGGCAGCUCCAACCACAAGCACUACAACAGCUGCUCCUACCACAAGUACUACAACAGCAGCUCCAACUACAAGCACUACAACGGCAGCUCCAACCACAAGUACUACAACAGCUGCUCCUACUACAAGUACCACAACAGGUGCGCCAACUACAAGCACUACAACGACUGCUCCUACUACUAGUACUACAACAGCUUCUCCAACUACAAGCACUUCAACAGCUGCUCCUACCACAAGUACUACAACGGCAGCUCCAACCACAAGUACUACAACAGCUGCCCCUACUACAAGUACUACAACAGCUGCUCCUACUACAAGUACUACAACAGCUGCUCCAACUACAAGCACUACAACGGCAGCUCCAACCACAAGUACUACAACAGCUGCUCCUACCACAAGUACUUCAACGGCAGCUCCAACCACAAGUACUACAACAGCUGCCCCUACCACAAGCACUACAACGGCAGCUCCAACCACAAGUACUACAACAGCUGCUCCAACUACAAGUACAACAACAGCUGCUCCAACUACAAGCACUACAACGGCUGCUCCUACCACUAGUACUACAACAGCAGCACCAACCACCAGUACCACAACAGCUGCUCCAACCACAAGUACUACAACAGCUGCUCCAACUACAAGUACUACAACAGCUGCCCCUACCACAAGCACUACAACGGCAGCUCCAACCACAAGUACUACAACAGCUGCCCCUACUACAAGUACAACAACAGCUGCUCCAACUACAAGCACUACAACGGCUGCUCCUACCACUAGUACUACAACAGCAGCACCAACCACCAGUACCACAACAGCUGCUCCAACCACAAGUACUACAAAAAGCUGCUCCAACUACAAACACUACAACAGCUGCCCUACCACAAAAUACCACAACAGCCCCUCCAACUACAACACUACAACGCUGCCCUACCACAAGUACACAACAGCUGCCCAACUACAAGCACUACAACACUGCCUCUACCACAAGUACAACAACGCAGCUCCAACCACGAGUACUACAACAGCUGCCCCUACUACAAGUACCACAACAGCUGCUCCUACUACAAGCACUACAACGGCAGGUCCAACCACAAGUACUACAACAGCUGCUCCAACUAGAAGCACUACAACGGCAGCUCCUAUCACAAGUACUACAACGGCAGCUCCAACCACAAGUACUACAACAGCUGCCCCUACUACAAGUACCACAACAGCUGCUCCUACCACAAGUACUACAACAGCUGCUCCAACUACAAGCACUACAACAGCUGCUCCUACCACAAGUACCACAACAGCUGCUCCAACUACAAGCACUACAACGGCUGCUCCUACCACUAGUACUACAACAGCUGCUCCAACUACAAGCACUACAACAGCUGCUCCUACCACAAGUACAACAACGGGAGCUCCAACCACGAGUACUAAAACAGCUGCCCCUACCACAAGUACCACAACAGCUGCUCCUACUACAAGCAAUACAACGGCAAGUCCAAUCACAAGUACUACAACAGCAGCUCCAACUGCAAGCACUACAACGGCAACUCCUACCACAAAUACUACAACGGCAGUUCCAACCACAAGUACUACAACAGCUGCCCCUACUACAAGUACCACAACAGCUGCUCCAAUUACAAGCACUACAACAGCUGCUCCUACCACUAGUACUACAACAGCUGCUCCAACUACAAGCACUACAACGGCUGCUCCUACCACUAGUACUACAAUGGCAGAUCCAACUACAAGCACUACAACACAUGCUCCUAUCACAAGUACUACAACAGCUGCCCCUACUACAAGUACCACAACAGCUGCUCCAACUACAAGCACUACAACGGCAGCUCCAACCACAAGUACUACAACAGCUGCUCCUACUACAAGUACCACAACAGCUGCUCCAACUACAAGCACUACAACGGCAGCUCCAACCACAAGUACUACAACAGCUGCUCCUACCACAAGUACUACAACGGCAGCACCAACCACAAGUACUACAACAGCUGCCCCUACUACAAGUACCACAACAGCUGCUCCAACUACAAGCACUACAACGACCGCUCCAACAACAAGUACUACAACAGCUGCUCCUACCACAACUGCUCCUACUACAAGUACCACAACAGCUGCUCCAACUACAAGCACUACAACGGCAGCUCCAACCACAAGUACUACAACGGCAGCUCCUACCACAAGUACCACAACAGCUGCUCCUACCACAAGUACUACAACGGCAGCUCCAACCACAAGUACUACAACAGCUGCUCCUACUACAAGUACCACAACAGCUGCUCCAACUACAAGCACUACAACGGCAGCUCCAACCACAAGUACCACAACAGCUCCUCCUACCACAAGUACUACAACGGCAUCUCCAACCACAAGUACUACAAGAGCUGCUCCUACUACAAGUACCACAACAGCUGCUCCAACUACAAGCACUACAACGGCAGCUCCAACCACAAGUACUACAACAGCUGCUCCUACCACAAGUACUACAACGGCAGCACCAACCACAAGUACUACAAUAGCUGUCCCUACUACAAGUAUCACAACAGCUGCUCCUACUACAAGCACUACAACGGAAGCUCCAACAACAAGUACUACAACACCUGCUCCAACUACAAGCACUAACAAACGGCAGCACGAACUAAAAAGCACUUCAACAGCUGCUCCUACCACAAUACUACAACACUGCUCCAAACUACAAGCACUACAACAGCUGCUCCCCACCACCAACACUACAACGGCAGCUCCAACCACAAGUACUGCAACAGCUGCUCCUACUACAAGUACCACAACAGGUGCGCCAACUACAAGCACUACAACGACUGCUCCUACUACUAGUACUACAACAGCUUCUCCAACUAAAAGCACUUCAACAGCUGCUCCUACUACAAGUACUACAACGGCAGCUCCAACCACACGUACUACAACAGCUGCCCCUACUACAAGUACCACAACAGCUGCCCCUACUACAAGUACUACAACAGCUGCUCCAACUAAAAAGCACACAAAACGGCAGCUCCAACCACAAGUACUACAAACAGCUGCCCCCUACCACAAGCACUACAACGCAGCUCCAACCACAACUGCUCCCACCACAGUACUACAACAGCAGCACCAACCACAAGUACCACAACCCCUGCUCCAACCACAAGUUUCUACAACAGCUGCUCAAACUACAAGCACUACAACGGCUGCUCCUACCACUAGUACUACAACAGCAGCACCAACCACAAGUACCACAACAGCUGCUCCAACCAAAGUAAAUACAAACAGGGUGCUCCAACUACCAAGCACUACAACAGUUCUCCUACCACAAGUACCACAACAGCUCUCCCAAAUACAAGCACUACAACGGCUGCUCCUACCACUAGUACUACAACAUCUGCUCCAACACAAGCACUACAACAGCUGCUCCUACCACAAGUUACAAAAAAACGGCAAACUCCAACCACGAGUACUACAAAAGCUGCCCCUAAAUACAAGUACCCCAACAGCAGCUCCUACUACAAGCACUACAACGGCAGGUCCAACCACAAGUACUACAACAGCUGCUCCAACUACAAGCACUACAACGGCAGCUCCUACUACAAGUACUACAACGGCAGCUCCUACUACAAGUACUACAACAGCUGCCCCUACUACAAGUACCACAACAGCUGCUCCUACCACAAGUACUACAACAGCUGCCCCUACUACAAGUACCACAACAGCUGCUCCUACCACAAGUACUACAACAGCUGCUCCUACCACAAGUACUACAACAGCUGCCCCUACUACAAGUACCACAACAGCUGCUCCUACCACAAGUACUACAACAGCUGCUCCAACUACAAGCACUACAACAGCUGCUCCUACCACAAGUACCACAACAACUCCUCCAACUACAAGCACUACAACGGCUGCUCCUACUACUAGUACUACAACAGCUGCUCCAACUACAAGCACUACAACAGCUGCUCCUACCACUAGUACUACAACAGCUGCUCCAACUACAAGCACUACAACAGCUGCUCCUACCACAAGUACAACAACGGCAGCUCCAACCACGAGUACUACAACAGCUGCCCCUACUACAAGUACCACAACAGCUGCUCCAACUACAAGCACUACAACGGCAGCUCCAACCACAAGUACUACAACAGCUGAACCUACUACAAGUACCACAACAGCUGCUCCUACCACAAGUACUACAAGAGCUGCUCCAACUACAAGCACUACAACAGCUGCUCCUACCACAACAGCUCCUCCAACUACAAGCACUACAACGGCUGCUCCUACCACAAGUACUACAACAGCUGCUCCAACUACAAGCACUACAACAGCUGCUCCUACCACUAGUACUACAACAGCUGCUCCAACUACAAGCACUACAACAGCUGCUCCUACCACAAGUACAACAACGACAGCUUCAACCACGAGUACUACAACAGCUGCCCCAACUACAAGUACCACAACAGCUGCUCCUACUACAAGCACUACAACGGCAGGUCCAACCACUAGUACUACAACAGCUGCUCCAACUACAAACACUACAACGGCAGCUCCUACCACAAGUACUACAACGGCAGCUCCAACCACAAGUACUACAACAGCUGCCCCUACUACGAGUACCACAACAGCUGCUCCAACUACAAGCACUACAACAGCUGCUCCUACCACUAGUACUACAACAGCUGCUCCAACUACAAGCACUACAACGGCUGCUCCUACCACUAGUACUACAAUUGCAGAUCCAACUACAAGCACUACAACAGCUGCUCCUACCACAAGUACUACAACAGCUGCCCCUACUACAAGUACCACAACAGCUGCUCCAACUACAAGCACUACAACGGCAGCUCCAACCACAAGUACUACAACAACUGCCCCUACUACAAGUACCACAACAGCUGCUCCAACUACAAGCACUACAACGGCAGCUCCAACCACAAGUACUACAACAGCUGCUCCUACCACAAGUACUACAACGGCAGCACCAACCACAAGUACUACAACAGCUGCCCCUACUACAAGUACCACAACAGCUGCUCCAACUACAAGCACUACAACGGCAGCUCCAACCACAAGUACUACAACAGCUGCUCCUACCACAAGUACUACAACGGCAGCACCAACCACCAGUAGCACAACAGCUGCUCCAACUACAAGCACUACAACGGCAGCUCCAACCACAAGUACUACAACAGCUGCUCCAACUACAAGCACUACAACAGCUGCUCCUACCACAAGUACAACAAUGGCAGCUCCAACCACAAUACUACAACAGCUUGCCCCUACUACAAGUACUACAACAGCUGCUCCUACCACAAAUACUACAACAGCUGCCCCUACUUUCAAGUACCACAACAGCUGCUCCUACUACAAGUACCACAACAGUACCACAACAGGUGCGCCAACUACAAGCACUACAACGACUGCUUCUACCACAAGUACUACAACAGUUGCUCCAACUACAAGCACUACAACAGCUGCUCCUACCACAAGUACCACAACAGCUACGCCAACUACAAGCACUACAACGGCUGCUCCUACCACUAGUACUACAACAGCAGCACCAACCACCAGUACCACAACAGCUGCUCCAACUACAAACACUACAACGGCUGCUCCUACCACUAGUACUACAACAGCUGCUCCAACUACAAGCACUACAACAGCUGCUCCAACCACAAGUACAACAACGGCAGCUCCAACCACAAGUACUACAACAGCUGCCGCUACUACAAGUACUACUACAGCUGCUCCUACUACAAGCACUACAACGGCAGCUCCAACCACAAGUACUACAACGGCAGCUCCAACUACAAGCUCUUCAACAGCUGCUCCUACCACAAGUACUACAACAGCUGCUCCAACUACAAGCACUACAACGGCUGCUCCUACCACUAGUACUACAACAGCUGCCCCUACUACAAGUACCACAACAGCUGCUCCUACUACAAGUACCACAACAGCUCCAACCACAAGUACUACAACAGCUGCCCCUACUACAAGUACUACAACAGCUGCCCCUACUACAAGUACUACAACAGCUGCCCCUACUACAAGUACCACAACAGCUGCUCCUACUACAAGUACCACAACAGGUGCGCCAACUACAAGCACUACAACGACUGCUCCUACUACUAGUACUACAACAGCUUCUCCAACUACAAGCACUUCAACAGCUGCUCCUACCACAAGUACUACAACAGCUGCCCCUACUACAAGUACCACAACAGCUGCUCCUACUACAAGUACCACAACAGGUGCGCCAACUACAAGCACUACAACGACUGCUCCUACCACAAGUACUACAACAGCUGCUCCAACUACAAGCACUACAACAGCUGCUCCUACCACAAGUACUACAACAGCUGCUCCUACCACAAGUACCACAACAGCUGCUCCAACUACAAGCACUACAACGGCUGCUCCUACCACUAGUACUACAACAGCUGCUCCAACAACAAGCACUACAACAGCUGCUCCUUCCACAAGUACCACAACAGCUGCUCCAACUACAAGCACUACAACGGCAGCUCCAACCACAAGUACUACAACAGCUGCUCCAACCACAAGUACAACAAGUGCUGCACCAACCACAAGUACGACAACCACUACUCCAACCACAAGUACAACAAGUGCUGCACCAACCACAAGUACGACAACCGCUGCUCCGACCACAAGUACAACAACAGCAGAACCAACCACAAGUACAACAAGUGCUGCACCAAACACAAGUACGACAACCGCUGCUCCGACCACAAGUACAACAACAGCAGAACCAACCACAAGUACAACAAGUGUUGCACCAACCACAAGUACGACAACCGCUGCUCCAACCACAAGUACAACAAGUGCUGCACCAACCACAAGUACAACAACAGCAGAACCAACCACAAGUACAACAAGUGCUGCACCAACUACAAGUACGACAACCGCUGCUCCAACAACAAGUACUACAACUGCUGCACCAACCACCACAAGUACAACAGCAGUACCAACCACAAGUACAACAAGUGCUGCACCAACCACAAGUACGACUACCGCUGCUCCAACCACAAGUACAAUAACAGCAGCACCAACCACAAGUACAACAAGUGCUGCAACAACCACAAGUACAACAAAACCAACCACAAGUACAACAAGUGCUGCACCAACUACAAGUACCACAACCGCUGCUCCAACCACAAAUACAACAACAGCAGCACCAACAACAAGUACAACAAGUGCUGCACCUACCACAAGUACAACAACCGCAGCACCAACCACAAGUACUACAACGCCUGCUCAAACCACAAGUACGACAAGCGUUGCUCCAACCACAAGUACAACAACAACAGCACCAACCACAAGCACAAGUACUGCACCAACCACAACUACGACAACAGAUGCUCCAACCACAAGUUCCACAACCGGUGCUCUAACCACAAGUACAACAACAGCAGCACCAACCACAAGUACAAGUGCUGCACCUACCACAACGACAAUAGAUGCUCCAACCACAAGUUCCACAACCGGUGCUCCAACUACAAGUACAACCACAGCAGCACCAACAACAAGUACAACAAGUGCUGCACCAACUACAAGUACUACAACUGAAGCACCAACCACAAAUACUACAAUAGUUGCUACUACUACAAGUACUACAACGGAGGCACCAACUACAAGUACUACAACGGAGACACCCACUACAAGUACUUCAACUGAAGCACCAACCACAAAUACUACAAUAGCUGCUACUACUACAAGUACUACAACGGAGGCACUCACUACAAGUACUACAACGGAGACACCCACUACAAGUACUUCAACUGAAGCACCAACCACAAAUACUACAAUAGCUGCUACUACUACAAGUACUACAACGGAGGCACCAACUACAAGUACUACAACGGAGACACCCACUACAAGUACUUCAACUGAAGCACCAACCACAAAUACUACAAUAGCUGCUACUACUACAAGUACUACAACGGAGGCACCAACUACAAGUACUACAACGGAGACACCCACUACAAGUACUUCAACUGAAGCACCAACCACAAAUACUACAAUAGCUGCUACUACUACAAGUACUACAACGGAGACACCCACUACAAGUACUACAACGGAGACACCCACUACAAGUACUCACGAAGCACCAACCACAAAUACUACAAUAGCUGCUACUACUACAAGUACUACAACGGAGCACCAACUACAAGACUACAACGACACCACUACAAUACUUCAAGAAGCACCAACCACAAAUACUACAAUAGCUGUUACUACUACAAGUACUACAAUGGAACACCCACUACAAGUACUACAACGGAGACACCACUACAAGUACUACAACUAA